AUGGGCCCAGCGGACUCAGAGGAGAGGUUUAGGAGGAAAGUUGCUCUCCAGCCCGGCCACCUGGUGGAUCCUCAGCCUGACACGCCGGCCCCGGCAUCGUCUAAGAAGCGACGCUCGUGCCGCCGGCGCGCCUCACCGCAGCCGGAUUCCCAGACUUUCCAACAGCCGGCUGUGCCGGACGAGCCCGAGCAGGAGCUCAGCGAGCUGGAGGAGCUCAGCGAGCCGAAGGAGCCCGCGCUGCCCGCGGAGGACCUCAGCGAGCUGAAGGAGCUCACCGGAGGUCCUCCCGCGCUGCCCGCGGAGGACCUUAGCGAGCUGAAGGAGCUCAGCGAGCCGGAGGAGCCCGCGAUCCCCGCGGAGGAGCUCAGCGAGCUGGAGGAGCCCGCGAUGCCCGCGGAGGAGCUCAGCGUGCCGGAGGGGCCCGUGCUGCCCGAGGAGGAGGUCAGCGUGCCAGAGGGGCCCGUGCUGCCUGCGGAGGAGGUCAGCGAGCCGGGGGAGCUCAGCGUGCCAGAGGAGCCCGUGCUGCCCGAGGAGGUCAGCGAGCCGGGGGAGCUCAGCGUGCCAGAGGAGCCCAUGCUGCCCGAGGAGGAGGUCAGAGAGCCGGGGGAGCUCAGCGUGCCAGAGGGGCCCGUGUUGCCUGGGGAGGAGGUCAGUGAGCCAGAGGGACCUGCACGCCGACCACGUCCGGCACGGCCGCCACGUCUACGUCCAGCGCGCCCACGUCCAGCACGGCCGCCACGUCUACAUCCUGCACGUCCAGCACAUCAUGGAUCGUGUGCCAUGCUACACUGCCACUAGAUUCGUGGCAGACCCCCGGAACUAUUUCGGUGCUGCUGCCGGAUCCGUGGCCGCCCGCCGGAGCUGCAGCGCUGCCACCACUGGACCCAAGGAGGAGUGUGGGAUGAGAGAGAGCAGUAAGCACGGGGAGUGCAGAAGACACAGAAGCAGAGAGCACUUAACGGGGACUUUUUUGGAAGAAGACACGACACGGGAGUAAAGGGAGAGCACGGGGAUUUAUUGCCUUUUUUCGCACUGUAAAUAAACACACCGCUUGCAGUGAAGAGUCCUGCGUUCUGGGUCCUCCUUUCCCCACAUCCCCACGGUUUGCCAGGGCAAACCGUGACAGCUAUACACU